AUUAAUGCAAUAUAGUUUGUUGUAAUUUUGAUGUUUUAAUUAUACAUUUUAAAAAUAAAACUUUUGUUGUGUUUGUAUCACAUUAUUUUACUUCUAAUUUAAUGUAUUCUAUUGUGGUUCUAGUUAAUACAGUAUAGACUAGGUUUAUUAAUUUUUCAACAAAAUGGGAAAUUAUCAUAAACUACCUGAUGUCCAAGAAGUAGAGGAGCAGGAAGAAGAAGAAAAUUCUACUAUAUGUUCUGCAAAAUCUACAAGACAUCAAAGAAAAGAUCAUGAUAAAAUUCCACUACAAUACACCAACAGAAGAAGAGUUGAGAGGGUAUCAGCUGAUAGUAGUAAGAGCAAUGAGGAGAGAAAAAAAGAAAAUGAGCAAGAAUUCGAGAAUAUACGUUCACAAAUUGAAGAUUAUUCAAUCUCUAAAGGGCAUUCGUCACAGAGGUCAAACAAUAGGAAAUCGUGUUCAGCUUCCCAACAGUGCCUCCUCAUCAGGCAGCUCUCAUCCUGCUACCGUAGCCUCAGAAGAGUGCUGGACAAUGGGCGACGGUACUUCUCUCCACCAAGUCCUGCUCGACCAAGACCCCGGCGACAGGAAGCCCUGCUCGACCUUGACCCAAGCCCUGAACUGUUCAGCACCCAAAGAGCAGAAAAAUUAAUUAUAAGAACUAUCAUCAAGGUUUAA